AUGCAAUUUUAUGUUCAUCGAUUGCAAGUGAGAUCCAACGCAGGAAUGCUGCAUUAUUUCGGCCGGCUACUACUCCAUCAAUAUGUAGUGGACAUGUAUGUGAAGGUUGAACAUCGACGUUUGGAAUAUCUACGAAAUAACCAGGGAUCGUUAAGAACAGAGCUGUAUUCAGGGCUUACAGAUGCAGCGGUACCUGAUAGCACCAUCUCCACUGAGGAGAUUGGUAAGCAAAUUAUUUUACCCUCAUCACCUACUGGAUCACCAAGAUCAAUGCAGCAGUUAUAUCAGGAUUCAAUGGCAAUGGUUUCUUCAUUGGGUAAACCAAGCUAUUUCAUAACAUUUACCUGCAAUCCAAACUGGCCCGAAAUUGUCAAUGAAUUACGCAACGGUGGUUUGAGCCCAACUGACAACAGACCGGAUCUGUGUGCACGAGUUUUCGACAUGAAGCUCAAGGAGUUGAUUUCUGAUAUUAAGACAAAACCAUACAUCUUUGGUAAUGUCAUUGGCUUUUACUCAUGUCGUUGA